AUGUCAGCUAUCCUCUUUCAGGAAUCUGUACUUCAAGCUGGUGAUCCCCUACAGCCGCUGCUAUCUCAACUACCUACUCCUGGCUCUCAUUUAGCUAUACCUGCUCUUUUUGACACUCUUGUUCAGAAGUACCACCACAAUCGAUACUCCAUCUUUACCCAAGCGUCCAGUAGCAAAGUCGCACAUGAUGUCUUCGUCGCUGGUAAGGAACGUGAGGCGGUCCGACUCGCCUUAGAACGUACCUUGGACAGAUUAGGUGGUGGUGACAUUACCGCUUGGCAGACCCGAUCUGCGCUCUGGAAGACCAUCGAAAUGUGGGGUGGAUAUAUGGAGAGAGAACCUUCUUGGAGUCGAUUGCUUGAUUCUGAGACGCGGGCAACACAGCAAGCGCUCAAUUCUGGUGAUCCUUCUAUUGUGGGGACUCUCCUUGGCACUUUGGUCAGCCUUGAGCGUCUCGAUCACGACCAGGCGAACUUGGGUCCGGAUGUAGUCCGCUGGUGUCUAGCUGUGAGUGAACUUGGUGGAGAACUUCUAGCUAAUGUCUCAGUCCCCUGUUGCUCAUCAUGCGAUCGCGAAAUCCUUGAUCUCGUCUCUGUUGCGAUUCUUUCACCUCACCCAUUCACUUCCGACUUUCUUUAA